CGAGUGCCGAAGAGUGCCCUCUUCUAAUGUACGAAAGCGCAAGUCGGCUCGAGACGGCUUUUUUCAGUUCCUGUCAAGAAGGUCGCAGGACUCGGAGCAGUCGCAGGUGGACGACGAGGCUUCGCCCCCCUCGUCUUCUCCAGCGAAUACUGUGAAACAAGCGAAAGCGAAAGCGGUGCUUGCGCCCGAAAUCGGUCUACCCACUCUACGUUCGCAGCUGAACUCGGCAGAUGUAAAUGCUGAUCCUGCACCCGGUACGCGUGAUUUCCUCCGCUUCAAUAGUGGAUCUGGUAUGUGUAACAGGCUGUUGGUGUUGCUGUGGCCCACAAAUGGCAAUGGCCGGCAGAUGGUAGUGGGCAGUGGCGCCCAGACGGCACUGGGAAGCGGUCCCGGGGGAGUGGCAAGGAACGAGCGCCACGACGUAGAGCACGAAUUUUGCUUUGCUACGCAUCGGCACCCUACCCUGGCCCGCUUGGAACCACGGGAGUACACAGAGCCGGUAGUAGGACGGCUGGGCCUCCGCGUGGGAUCGGCAUUCUAGGACGAGGACGGCAACAACUACAACACACAAAGAACCUGUCUAUGCGAGCAGUCGCAUUGAAGACCCUGACUUCAUUGCAAUGGAGCAUUUUUUUGGCUUAGCACUGUGGGGGAAGACAACGUUCGACGAGAGGGAGAUGAGCGUGGAAUUGUAUCCGGGAAGCCCCAACCCCGGCGUCAUCCGCGUCCGCGUAUGCAACCAGCAAAGGAACCGCCGAUUGGACACGAAGACGAACCAUAUUCAAGCCUGCCGGUGCCUGUAUUCAAGCCUGUUCUUGGAAACCAGAGCGGCCGGCCCUUAUCGUGGUGUAGUGCGUGUCGCUGCGAAUGUGAUUAGUUAAUCGCACACAAAGUAAGUAGUGCCUAGCCUUUCACCCUCAAAAUUUUUGCAAUAAAGACCUUGGGUCUACACUUGCUGCGACUCGCGCCCUGCUGCGCGUGCGAUCCUUUUCUUCUUGGAUAGAUCUUUUCUACGCAACCAAUGACAAGCAACCCAUGCUGACAAGAGAUAUUUUCACUGAAGGUUUGUAAAAUGUGUGCAGUCUUCGUGGGUCACUACAUGAAUGCCCUGCGCAAGGAGCUUGCCAACAACGGCACCAGAUGGAUAGGCGAGUAUUGUAGUAGUAGUAUCUAUUCAGAAGUAGUGUAGUCUAUUCAGAAGUAGUGUAGUCUUCUUGCAAAAUGAAAACGAUGUGAU